AUGUCUCAGCUACGUGCUGCUAUUACAGCAUGGCUUUUAAUUUGGCUCGUUGCGCCAUCAACAGCACAGAGAUAUUCGCAAAACCUACAGAAUGCAAACGGCGGUCAAUGCUGGCAGCCUGAAGCCGGCAAUGCUUGCACGCCCGUGCUCCGCCCUGCGCAAGCGUUUUUCCUUGAGUAUAAUUGCCGCUACAUGCCAGCAAUUUGCCAAAAUGCCCGAGCAUGGCUCACGGGACACACAGUGAAUGGUCAAACACGGUCUGAAUUUUCAUACGAUUUUGACGGAGACCGAAAGGACUGGCGACGAGAUCGUGAAUCUUGUCCCAGCAACUGGAUCAACAAUGGAAGAUGUCCGGAGACAGGAAAUCCGGGCCAGCCGCUUGCCUAUCGUUGGACGAUCGGUACGAGAGCAAGCGCUGGAGUCGCAGCAGUCCCAGGCCACGGUGAAUUCUGGCCGACGAUCGCUCUGGUACAGGGAAGUAACAAUCAAAUUGGACCCGAUGCCAACGGCAAUCCAUCUGGAAUGAUCUACUCCUGCGACGAGUUUCCUCCUGCAACAUGGAUCGAGGGCGGUCAAGGUGCCAAUACACGAUGCGCCGCUUUCAGAUGUGCAGCUACUCGGUACAAAGCCGAGCAGCAAUUCCAAGCCGAAUCGCAUCAAAUCCUUCGGAACUACAUGGCCCGAGUUCUCGGACAAACACCAACCGGCGCACAAGUUGUUCCCUUUCUCUUCCGCAUGAGAAAUACAGACGACGGAGUUCCCUCGUCACAUGGCCAGAUUGAUAUUGAGGACAUUGCCAAUCCUUUCCGAAGAAGCGAGAGCUCAGCCAAUGCUACUACUUGGCACGAGGAGUUGCACAAUCUUAGUAUGGAUGAGAUCAGAUCACGAUAUCGUGUCCAGACGCAUCACUACAUGCUGAACCAGACCGAGCACAGUCAAGACUUCAAGCUGAGCAUGAACUUCGGCAAGGAAGGUCUCAGCACUUGGAGCUCGGAGUAUGGCAGUAUGAUUGAGCCGUCAUUGGAUAUGAUUAACGCGCCCAAAUCUCCAGCCAUCGUCUCAAAUGUCUCAAUCUCAUUUUCCGGCGAGGACGAGGAAUCCGACGCGUAUGUGCAACCUCUCACGCCACAUCGGACAAAGACCUACCCUCGAGGAGGACAACUCCUUUCGAGCAUCCACGGGCGAGCUAUUACGGAAUCCCCAUUGCUGAAAAACGCCACGGAAAGCGCGCUGCAAGCCGCCAUCCGUCUCGUAGAACAGGCGAUUUCCGACUCCACGAAGCUCAACGAAGCGCGUUACGCGAAUGUCGCUCGGAAUGCAUAUCAGCUUGCUCCAGGUACCGUUAUCGGAACCGCAAAUGGGGCACAGCGACGAAAACGUCGAGGCAUUGCCGGCCUCAUUGGGCUUGAUGAUGCAACGUCCCUUCCACCUCCACUUCUGGACGUAAAUGCCGAGUUGGCAGCUGCUGCAGCGUUGGUCGCAGAGGCAGAUGCUGCUGGUAUUACUGGCCUGGGAGCAACAGCUAAUAUCACUCGACGAGCCACGGUUGCUCCUCGGGCUGGCUCGUUCUGGAUGGCUGGUCUUGCGCGCAAAGGAACUGUCCCGUGGGGCAACGACCCCAGCUACAAGAUCUUUCGAAACGUCAUGGAUUAUGGUGCUACGGGUGACGGCAAGACCGAUGACACAGCAGCGAUUCAAAAGGCCAUGAUCGAUGGCAACCGAUGUGGUGAAAAUUGUCAUGGCUCUACUACUAAGAACGCCAUCGUGUACUUCCCUCCCGGCACUUACCUUGUUUCCAAAUCGAUCGAGAUGCCCUUCGGAACUCAAGCUAUCGGCGAUGCUAACAGUCGCCCAACGAUCCUCGCUGCCAGCCGUUUCAUCGGACUGGGUGUAUUGUCCACCGAUAAAUACACUGGCGGCGGCGCCGGAUCUGAUGGUCUCGAUCAGGAAUAUUAUGUCAACACAGCCAACUUUUAUCGACAGAUCCGAAACCUUAUAAUCGAUGUUACGGCAACUCGUCCUGUUCAGGGUGUUUCCGGCGUCCAUUAUCAAAUCGCACAGGCCACAUCGAUGCAGAAUGUCGACCUAAUUGCCAAGACGGGCACAAAUCAGCGUGGAAUGUUUACCGAGAAUGGCAGCGGAGGUCAAAUCUCGGACGUGAACUUCAAGGGCGGCAACUUUUGUAUUUACGGAGGCAACCAGCAAUUCACAGCGCAGCGCUUGACUUUUGAUGGCUGUGACACUGCCGUCAGAACCAUCUGGGACUGGGGCUGGGUCUGGAAGUCCGUUACUGUCAAGAACGUCAAAGUCGGCUUUCAACUGCUCCCCGACGGCACCACACAAUCCAAGACUGAUUCCGUCAAAGUGUCUUCUGGCAACAUCGGAUCUGCCUCAUUUGUCGAUUCGAGCUUCAGUGGAGUUGGGACUGCGGUCAUUGUUGCGCCUUUAAGCUCAACUCCUGGAAGCGGCAGCACUGGCAUAAUUCUCGAGAAUGUGGACUUCAGCAGUGUCACCACCGGUGUUGCAGAUACAAGCGGCAAGACUUUGCUCGCAGGUGGUAGCCAACACAUCGAUGAAUGGGUCGCUGGGCCUGUUUACUCAGCCAGUGGCACUCGUAGCUUCAACAUGGGAGGAAACAUCUCCAAGUACCCAAGACAGCCAUCACUUCUGGAUACGAGCAAGACAAACUCGCCGUACUACGAGCGCGCGCGACCUCAGUAUGAGACUCGCUCACCUUCUGACUUCGUCCAUCUCAAAGAUCUUGGUGCCAAAGGUGAUGGCUCCACCGAUGACACUGCUGCUGUCCAAGCAGCAUUCAACAAUAACGUUGGUAAAAUUAUCUUCGUCGAUGCUGGAACAUACAUCCUGACCGAUACGAUCCUCAUUCCUGCGGGAUCCGUUCUUGUUGGUGAAACCUGGUCACAAUUUGCCGCGUCAGGUGACAAGUUCAAGGAUCCUAAGAACCCACGAGUCAUGCUGAGAGUUGGUCGAGCCGGCGACGUUGGUACCAUGGAGAUGCAGGAUCUCUUGUUCACCACGCAAGGUCCGACCGCCGGAGCGAUCUUGGUGGAAUGGAACAUCAAAGCCAGCACCCAGGGUGCGGCUGCAUUGUGGGAUUGCCACGCCCGUGUAGGCGGUGCAACGGGAACAAAGCUUACCGAUAAGGAGUGCCCUGCUAUCACUACUGGUACCGAUCCUGGCUGCCAGGGUGCUAGCAUGUUGUUUCACCUUACCUCACAAGCUUCGGGAUACUUCGAGAACAUGUGGCUUUGGGUCGCCGAUCACAAUAUUGACGAUGCAGACUUAUCCAGCCCGAGCAAUCCGAUGAUCCAGAAUAGUGUCUACGUUGCCCGAGGCUUCCUGAUUGAAUCGAACACUGCAACUUGGUUGUACGGUACUGCUUCUGAGCAUUCCGUCUACUAUCAGUACAACUUCAACGGUGCAAGCAAUGUCUACGCUGGCAUGCUUCAGACCGAAUCUCCUUACUACCAGCCUAUGCCGAAGCCGCCGGAGCCAUUCGCCAACGUCAUCGGACAAUUCUCUGGAGACCCGACCUACCGCUGUGGCAGCGACUCCGAUGGCUGUGACGCAUCAUGGGCCGUUAUAGUGCGAAAGAGCUCAAAUCUUCAUUUUGCGGGUGCCGGUGUUUACUCCUGGUUCUCCAGCUACACCCAGGACUGCAUCGACUCGCAGACCUGUCAGAAGGCUCUUAUUCUUGCCGAGAAGAACCAAGCAAACGUUCGUUUCCAACAUCUGAUCACUAUCGGAGCCAAAUACAUGAUCUUUUCAGAUGGCAAGGGAAUUACCGCUGCCGACAACCUCAAUGUUAAGGGCCAUCCACGCUGGUCGCAGAUCACUGUCAUGGACCUCGCACAGGGUAAGGCUGACCAUCAAUCGCCAAUUUCCGCUACUGUCAUUCCACUACCACAUACGACUGUGGCACCAGGAGCAACACUUACAUUGAGUGCUCCGAUUCAGUCCGAUGCUUUGAGUCUUCCGAAUGAUGGUAAUCAGAACAACGCUCCUGGUCCAGGAGCCAACGAUUGCGAAAGUUGUAGCUUCUUCCGUCUCAUCUCAUCCACAUGCUGCGGCACCGGAGGAAGUCUCGGUAAUCCGCUCGCCAUUCCAAGUGGAGUCGGUACAUACUUGCCAAUCCAGCUGCCAGCUGGUUUUGUGCCGAAUCAGGCAUUCACGGGAGAGGACGGAACAACGUAUCCUAAGGGAGUCGCGCUUCCCAAGCCCGUCACAAUUCCUGUUGGCACCACAUUCCCCACCGUCUUCAUCAUCCCAGCAGGUCAGCCUCUUGCGCAAGGUGAAGAUGGGCAACCCGGCUCUGGUGAAAUUAUCUGGAUCGAUCCCAAGAUCUGGGGUCAGCCAAAUCCUCAGAUUGCCUGCGACAAUUUUCCUUGCACGUUCAAAUUCCCUCCGUGGACGGGCGCCACCAGCACUGUCGACUAUCCUAUCAUGACAGUCAUCAAUGGCUCGUAUUCUACAACCAUCACUCGUAGCGCCAUCACCAUUACCGAGUGGGUUUUUGUGCCCUACACGCUCACGGCACCUGGUCCGACCACCAUCCCGACUGUCACUAAGACGACAACGUCUAGCUCUACGACGCCCAUAUUCUUCAUCUGGCCACUACCAAGUUUCGCAUCGACAUCGACAUGGCCACCGGUGACAUACGUGUCAUCUGGUACCACCAGAACGACACGACCCCCCGCAACAAGCGUCUCAUCGAGCAGUGGCGGCGGUGGUGGCGGAGGCGGCGGUGGUGGAGGUCCUAAGCCCACACCCCGACCGAAACCGCCAUCAAUCAAUCCCCCUCCGGGCCCGCCGCCAGGCGGUAAUUGGCCGACGGGCAUCACCAUCACGGUCAACCCUGGUAAACCUUCUCCAACCGUGAAGGAUUGUUCCUUCCCAGAUUUCAAUUGCCCCAACCCUCCUGGUGUCACUGAUGGACCAGGAUACGAUCCUCCGGACAACGACCCUGACGAUGAGGAUGAUGAUGACGAUGAUGAAGAAGAGACCCCUUGCUCGGCCAGCGGCAACGACGGUGGCGGGGGUGGUAGCGGAGGCGGCGGCAGUGGAGGCGGAGGCAGUGGUGGAGGUGGCAGCGGCGGAGGCGGUGGCGGUGGCGGUGGCAGCGGAGGCGGAGGCGGAACUCCCACCGACCCUUACAAACACCCCGAUCCUCAAAACAACGCCCUCGACUGCUACAACUCCGGCCAGAAAGAGACCAACGCCAAGAUGGCCGCUGCGGCGGACUCCUUCUGCAGCUACAACCUGGCGCCCAUCGCUUCCACAUCAUCCGUCUUCGGACCUGGCUUCACGCAAUUCGCCAAGAAAAAUCCCCCGGGAAGCAACCGCAUCGAUCUCAGUGUCGAGGUCUACUCCGGAUGUUCCUGGACGUUUGACAUGGAUCAGUGCAAAAAGUACUUACGCGGGCCGAUCGAUGGUUGUAAUUGUGAUGGCAAGGAUGGGAAGCAGGGCGGUGUUGUGAAGAAUAGCUGCAUCGGCUGGCGGAUCGAUCCCAACACGGGUAUUUGA